AUGUCUUACCGCAACGAAUCCGAUAGCUACGGCAGUGGCAACCAGAGCUCCGGAUACGGAGGUAACUCUGGCUCUGGUCGUGACCAGGACAGCUACGGCAGCUCCAACACAUCUUCGGGCUACGGCAAUUCUAGCUCCGGCCGCGAUCAGGACAGCUAUGGCAGCUCCAACAACAAGAACUCCAGCUACGGUAACGACAACGACUCUUACGGCAACAAGUCCAGCUCUGGUCGUGACCAAGACAGCUAUGGCAGCUCCAACAAGUCCAGCUCUGGUCGUGACCAGGAUAGCUACGGCAGCUCCAACACUUCCUCCGGCUACGGCAACUCCAGCUCUGCUCGUGACCAGGAUAGCUACGGUAGCUCCAACAACAAGAACUCCAGCUACGGUAACGACAACGACACCUACGGCAGCAAGUCCAGCUCCGGCCGCGAUCAGGACAGCUACGGCAGCUCCAAGAACCAGAACUCCAGCUACGGUAACGACAACGACUCUUACGGCAACAAGUCCAGCUCUGGUCGUGACCAAGACAGCUACGGAAGCUCUAACAGGUCCAGCUCGGGCCGCGACCAGGACAGCUAUGGCAGCUCCAGCAACAAAACCUCCAGUUACGGUAACGACAACGACUCUUAUGGCAACAAGUCCAGUUCUGGCCGUGAUGAGCACAGCUACGGCAGCUCCAACAAAUCCAGUUCCGGAUCCAAGCAGGACAGCUACGGCAGCUCCAACACAUCUUCGGGCUACGGCAACUCCAGCUCCGGCCGCGAUCAGGACAGCUAUGGCAGCUCCAACAAGUCCAGCUCUGGUCGUGACCAGGAUGGCUACGGCAGCUCUAACACUUCCUCCGGCUACGGCAACUCCAGCUCUGGUCGUGACCAGGAUAGCUACGGUAGCUCCAACAAGACAUCCAGCUACGGUAAUGACAACGACUCUUACGGCAGCAAGUCCACCUCCGGUCGCAACGAGGAUAGUCUUGGUAGCAAGAUCCUGAACAAGGCUGAAGGUUUGUGA